UUUCACCCCUCUUAUCUACAAUUUAAGGUAGUCAGAGGGCUUCGAGUAAUCGAACAUCCCCCGAUGAUAAAGUUUCCUUUGGUUUAUUGCUGUUGUCCUCACCUUCCAGUUAUAACUCGUAGUAUUAGUUAAGUCGUACGCGAGAUACAUUUUGAAAAAUGGCAGCAAACUUCUUUGGUAGGAUUGGACAGCUAGGCCUUGGUCUUGCUCUUGCUGGGGGUGUUGUCAAUUCAGCUUUAUACAAUGUUGACGGAGGUCACAGAGCUGUGAUAUUCGACAGAUUUGCAGGAAUAAAAAAUGCAGUUGUGGGUGAGGGAACUCAUUUCUUCAUUCCAUGGAUCCAGAGGCCAAUUAUGUUCGAUAUUAGAUCACGGCCACGAAAUGUCCCUGUGGUUACGGGAAGUAAAGACUUGCAGAAUGUUAAUAUUACAUUGCGUAUAUUGUUCCGGCCAAUUCCUGAUUCUCUUCCCAAAAUCUACACCAUCCUUGGAGUCGAUUACGACGAACGAGUACUACCAUCGAUUACUACAGAAGUUCUCAAAGCAGUCGUUGCACAAUUUGAUGCCGGGGAAUUAAUCACUCAACGUGAAGUCGUUUCUCAAAAAGUUAGCGAAGAUUUGACAGAGCGUGCCAGCCAAUUCGGUGUCAUUUUGGAUGAUAUUUCCAUUACGCACUUAACUUUUGGUAAAGAAUUCACGCAAGCUGUGGAGUUGAAGCAGGUCGCACAACAAGAUGCCGAAAAAGCACGUUUUCUGGUAGAAAAAGCUGAACAACAGAAAAAAGCUGCCAUUAUUACUGCGGAAGGUGAUGCCCAAGCUGCCCUCCUACUCGCUAAAUCAUUCGGCGAAGCCGGUGAUGGUUUGGUAGAGCUCAGGCGAAUUGAAGCUGCUGAAGAUAUAGCAUACCAAUUAUCCCGGUCUCGCCAAGUGUCAUAUCUUCCUUCUGGUCAAAAUGUUCUCUUAAACCUUCCACAGUAAUACAAUAAAUGAUGAAAAGUGUAAAUAGAAUUUGCAAACUUGUUAAAAAAUUUCACUCAAAGAUAUAUUAUCGUUUACUGUCACGAUCGAGGAUAUCACAUGUACUAAUUAUCGAAAAUCACUGUUCAUACGGUUCAUAAAAGAAGGCAACCCGGAAUUAUUUUUUGCAUUUAUUCAGAUUGCCUUCGAAGUCUUUUAUAAGGACUUCUGAACACCCGCUUUUUACUUUAAAAUCAAUGACGUUCGUUGGUUUCUUAACUUUUGUCGAGCGACGCUUGUGCGACUACAGGUUUUAAAUGGUUUGAAGUACUCUAAUGGUUUUACAAUAUGGGGAGAGCAUUUUCCUUGGAUCUCGGGGGCUUUUAUUGAGGGGGAUGCUCCACAUGAGUUGCAUCUUGCUUAUGUGUAUGGAUAAAAACUGUGGGUGUAGACUCUUCUCUAUUAAAUUUCAAAUGGCACUCCGCGAUAUUAUUUGGCUGACUACCCCACGUAAGACGUACGUAUGACAAACGAUUGACUGUAGGAGACUUGCAUUGAUUUUCAAAGCAACUGAAAAAAUUGAAAUAUUCAUAAUACGUACAUGUGAUAUUGUCUGUUAUCAAAAUACAAACUUUUGUCGGCAUUUAAAUAGGUCUGAUUUCAAAUUUAUCGUACUCACGUAAUUGAAAGGUGUUAAAAUGCGAUUAAGAAGUCAUUUAUUCACAUGAAACAUGUGCACACUGUUAAUUUUUUUAAUUCCAAGUAGAAAGUGUAAAGGAAAUUUGUUAGCAUGAAUUCUAUUGUUGAUUGAGUUCGCACCUGUAGUUGUAACAAACAUGCUUUCAAUUCUGAAGUAUUUUCAAUUUCUUUUUAUUCCAAUCAAAAUCCUUCAUUCGAAAUUGUUUGACGUGCCUAACCAAUUAUACAAUCACGAGGUCAGGGAAAUCACAUGGUAAUAGAUUAGCGUGUUGUUAGUCAUGUGGCAUUUAAAUCAAUGUUUGCCGUGUUAUGCAUCUACAAAUGUAACAGAGCAUUCUAUCAAUUUAAACGUUUUUUAGCAACGAUCAAA